AUGAGCAAGAUGAACAAGAUCAAGCUCCACAUCGAGAGUGACAACUUCACACAAACCAGCCACCGAACUCCCGUCCGCGCUCUCCCUUCAACAUGGUAUACAUCACCCGAGAUGUUCGAGCUCGAGAAGCGCGCUGUCUUCUCCAAGAAGUGGCUUCUCCUCACCCACCAGAACAGACUUCCCAAGGCAGGAGACUGGCUCAAGUUCACCGUCACCGGCUAUGAGUUUGUGGUGUCGCGCGAUCGCAAGGGCAACUUCAAUGCCUUCCACAACGUCUGUCGCCACCGAGCAUUCCCUGUUGUCCAGGGCGGAACCCAGGGAAACUCGUCUAUCUUUGCAUGCAAGUACCACGGUUGGUCUUAUGGCCUGAGUGGCAAUCUUGCCAAGGCGCCGAACUAUGACCAGCUGGAUGGAUUCGACAAGAGCCAGAACGGUCUGUUUAAGAUCCAUCUCAAGGUCGAUGCAUACGGCUUUAUCUGGGUCAAUCUUGAUAGCUCUGAUAACCCUGAGCCUUGGACUCGCUACUUUGAUGGGAUUGAUCAGCAAGAGCGGCUAAAGAAUGUCAACUUUGAGGAUUAUACUCUGGAUAACGAGUAUAGUAUGGAGGGUGCAUACAACUGGAAGAUUCUUGCCGACAACUUCAACGAAUGCUACCAUUGUCCCACAACUCAUCCGGACUUGCCAACCCUUGCGGAUCUCGGAAAGACAAAGUGCGAUACGGAUAAAGGAUGGAUCAAACACUCGAGUGUGCAGACAGAGGAGCAAAAGAAGGAUGGUCUAGGUCUCGCAAGUACCUACUUCUACCCCAACAGCUCGGUUGUAGUCCUGCCGCAUUUCAUGAUGAUCCAGCGCUUCGUGCCCACGUCAGCAAACCACUCGUCAAUGCACUACCAAAUCUUCCGCAACAAGAACUCCUCCGACGAGGACUUCCACCUGAUCGCAGAUAUGUACGCCCGCGUUGUCUCAGAGGAUAAGGACCUUUGCAUCGGCGCCCAAAGGAAUCUCGAAGCCGGCAUUUUUGUCAGUGGCGAGCUGCACCCUAGGUUAGAACACGGUCCGCUAUCGUUCCAGGAGGGACAUCGUGAGGCGAUUAGGGAUCAUGUUCAGCUUGAGAAGGAACUUGGGAGGCAGAUUUGGCCGGCGAGACAGAGGUUGCCUCCUACGGCGGUGGAGAAUAAGGAGGAUGAGGAGCUGUGUUCUAGUUUGGCUUGUGGGAGUUUGCAGGAGGUUUUGGCUUGGUAG